UUUCCCCUGCCCUUUGAACGGUCCAUGGUGCCUUGCGUCAGUUUCUAACGAAUCUGGUUCGACGGCACAGUUUAGGCGCCAUUUACAAGUUGGAGUUUUCAAGCAGGGCAGCGACUCGGGAUGACACGGGGCUAAUUUUUGUGGAUUAUUUUCUGCCGAAUUCUGGAUUCACGGACGCCUUUUGUUUUCUUAAUCGCGAUUCGGCUCGGAAAGGGAGACUUUUGGCGCACCGCGUGCAUAUUGUGGAAGAUUUCAAACCAUGCCAUCUAAAACUGCAAAGAGCUCCACUGCCUCCGCCAAGCCAAGAGGGAAAGGGUCGCAGCCUCGGGAUGACUCCGAGGACGAGCUGGAUGUACCCCCACAAGAAACCAACUCCAAUGGCAAAGAGGAGGCACCACCGACAACUGAUCCGUCUCACGGGGAGGCUGCCGAGGCGGUUGAUAAUCGAAGUUUGGAGGAGAUUCUCGGUAGCAUCCCUCCACCCCCGCCCCCAGCAAUGACCAAUGAACCGGGCGCUCCUCGCCUGAUGAUAACACAUUUAGUCAAUCGCAACUUUAAAUCGUACGCAGGCGAGCAGAUUCUGGGGCCUUUUCACAAGCGCUUUUCCUGCAUCAUUGGUCCAAAUGGAAGUGGGAAGUCCAAUGUGAUAGAUUCAAUGCUCUUUGUGUUUGGAUACAGAGCUCAAAAGAUCAGAUCAAAAAAGCUCUCUGUGCUGAUUCACAGCUCUGAUAAACACAAAGAUGUCCAAAGCUGUACAGUGGAGGUGCAUUUUCAAAAGAUCAUUGAUAAGGAAGGAGAUGACUACGAAGUUAUUCCCAACAGCAAGUUCUAUGUUUCCAGGACUGCCAACAAAGACAAUUCCUCAGUCUACCAUAUCAAUGGCAAGAAAGCCACAUUUAAAGAAGUUGGGGCUUUACUCCGAAGCCACGGUAUUGACCUAGACCACAACAGAUUUCUGAUCUUACAGGGUGAGGUGGAGCAGAUUGCUAUGAUGAAGCCUAAAGGUCAGACAGAGCAUGAUGAGGGCAUGCUGGAGUACCUGGAGGACAUUAUCGGCUCCUGCCGCCUGAAGGAGCCCAUCCAAACCCUGGCCCGCCGCAUUGAGCUGCUCAAUGAGCAGAGAGGAGAGAAGCUAAACCGAGUGAAGCUAGUGGAAAAGGAGAAGAAUGCAUUGGAGGGAGAAAGAAACAAGGCUGUGGAGUUCCUCACUCUGGAGAAUGACAUUUUCAAACACAAGGGUCAGCUUUGCCAAUAUUAUGUUCAUGAUCUGCAGAAGCGUGUGGUGGAUAAAGAGCAGGAAAAGCAGAAGAUCCUGGAGGACACAAAGGAACUCACUACAGAAGACCUGGUCUCUAACAUGUGCUCCACCUACAAUGACUGCUCUGGAAAUGUCUUGGUCAGAGGGGGAGCUGGGCAGAGGCAGGCAGACCUCUGGGGAGCAGUGUUCUACUGUGUGGUAGUCAACUAUGGCCUGGCUUGUCUGGAGGAAGUGCGCGGUGUACCAGCCAGCAGUGAGAAGGCCAUCUCUGAGGCAACAGUUCGCAAGGAAGAGCUGGAGAAGCAGAAGGUGAAAGAAGAGGAAAAACUUAAGGAGGUCAUGGAGAGUCUGAAAGAAGAGACCAGUGGCUUGCAGCAGGACAAAGAGACCAAAGAGAAAGAGCUGAUGGAACUCAGUAAGGCUGUAAAUGAGACCCGUUCCCGUAUGGACCUGGCUCAAUCGGAACUCGACAUCUACCUUAGCCGCCACAACACCGCUUUGACACAGCUCAACACGGCCAAGCAAACUCUCCAAUCCACCUCUGACACUCUGCGAGAUCGCCGCACUGCCAUCAAAGAUUUAGAAGUCAAAAUACCCCAGAAAGAGCAGGAGCUCAAGAAGGAUGAGGGAGAGUUGGAGCAGCUGAUGAAGAUGGAUAAUGACACCAGAGAAGUGGUGAGGGAAAUGAGGCAGAAGGUGGAUGAAGCCAAGAGCUCUCUGUCGUCCAACCGCAGUCGAGGAAAGGUCCUGGAUGCGCUCAUGCAGCAGAAGAAGAGGGGCGUAAUCCCUGGCAUCUUUGGAAGAUUGGGAGACCUUGGAGCCAUAGAAGAGAAGUACGAUGUGGCUAUUUCUUCUAGCUGUGGUGCUCUGGACAACAUUGUGGUGGAUACCAUUGACACAGCUCAGAAAUGUGUCACAUUUCUCAAAGAACAGAACAUUGGGGUCGCCACCUUCAUCGGUUUGGACAAGAUGAAGGUCUGGGAGAAAAACAUGGCUCCCAUUCGUACUCCAGAGGAAUGUCCUCGUCUCUUUGACAUGGUACGAGUGAAAGAUCAGAGCGUGCGACCAGCUUUCUACUUUGCCCUCAGGGACACGCUGGUGGCCCAGGACAUGGAGCAAGCCACAAGAAUGGCCUUCCAGAAAGAAAAGCGCUGGAGAGUGGUCACCCUCAAGGGACAGAUCAUUGAGAUGGCUGGGACCAUGACUGGAGGAGGAAGAGUAAUGAAGGGCAGGAUGGGCUCUUCUAUUGGCACUGAGGUCUCCCAGGAGGAGCUUGAUCGUAUGGAGAGUAAGCUGAACGAGAGGGUGUCAAAGCUGCAGGGCUGCCAAGAGAGAAAGCUGCAGCUCGAGGAGAACAUCCAGCGCCUCCGGAUGCAGCUCCGGGACAUGAAGAACACCCUGGAAAAAUACGCCAACAGCAUGACUAGUCUUGCUGACCAGGAGGCUCACUUGAAACUGCAGAUGAAGGAGCUUGAGGCUAACGUGAUCGCAGCUGCCCCGGACAAGGCCAAACAGAAGCAGAUGGAGAAGAGUCUGGAUGCUUUCAAGAAAGACUUCGAUGCAGCUUCUAGUAAAGCUGGAAAAGUGGAAAAUGAGGUGAAGAGGCUCCACAACCUGAUUGUAGACAUCAACAGCCACAAGCUAAAGGCUCAGCAGGACAAGCUUGACAAGGUCAACAAGGAGCUGGAUGACUGCUCCUCCACCAUCACCAAGGCCCAAGUAGCCAUUAAGACAGCUGGCCGCAACCUGAAGAAGUGUGAGGAGAGUGUGAGUCGUGUGCAGCUUGAGCUGGAAGAGAAUGAGAAGUCGAUGGCCGAGUUCACAGAACAACUGAAGAAGCUGGAAGACGAGGCUGGGGAGAUCAUGAAGGCCUGUCAGGAGGCAGAGGCGGAGCUUCCAGAGGUGCAGGAGCAGUAUCAGGGGGUGCUGAAGGAGAUCAAGGUUCUGCAGCAGCAAGAACACGCUCUGCAGGAGGAGUCCCUCAGCGUCCGGCUCCGCGUCGAGCAGAUAGAGACGACCAUCACCGAGCACAACAACAAGAUCAAACACUGGCAGAAAGAGGCCAGCAAGUUGUCCCUUCACACGAUUGAAGACAAACCGGCAGAGGAACUUCCUGUUCUCACUCCUGCCGACCUUGAAGAAAUCUCUGAUCCCAAUGUCAUCAUCAACAAGAUGAUGAGGUUAGAGACACAGUGCGCUCAGAUGAAGCCAAACCUCGGAGCCAUCGCUGAGUACAAGAAGAAGGAGGAGCUGUACCUGCAGCGAGUGGCUCAACUGGACGAGAUCACGACAGAGAGGGACCAAUUCAAGCGCGGCUACGAGGAACUGCGCAAACAGCGACUCAACGAGUUCAUGACCGGAUUCAACAUGAUCACAAACAAGCUGAAGGAAAACUACCAGAUGCUAACGCUGGGUGGUGACGCAGAGCUGGAGCUCGUCGACAGUUUAGACCCCUUUUCUGAGGGCAUCAUGUUCAGUGUUCGUCCUCCAAAGAAGAGCUGGAAAAAGAUCUUUAACCUGUCUGGAGGAGAGAAGACGCUGAGCUCAUUAGCUCUGGUGUUUGCGCUGCACCACUACAAACCCACACCGCUCUACUUCAUGGACGAGAUAGACGCUGCUCUUGAUUUCAAGAAUGUCUCCAUUGUUGCCUGUUACAUUUAUGAACAAACAAAGAACGCUCAGUUCAUCAUCAUCUCUCUGAGGAACAACAUGUUCGAGAUCGCCGAUCGCCUCAUCGGCAUCUACAAAACUCACAACACCACCAAGAGCGUGGGAAUCAACCCCAAAACCAUCGUGUUCAAGGAGCAUGACGCAGUCACUGCUUAAACCUCAACAGUCUCACGUCUUCACUGUUUUACUUUCUUUCACCCACAUGUGUAAAUAUUUAUAUCUUGUUUUCUUUUACAAUGAAAUGCUGCUAUUUUUUACUAUCUGACCUAAUAAAAGUUUCCUGGAAAAAUC